AUGGAAAAAGAAAAGGCUAUGGAUGACAUGUUUCUCGUCGACGUUGUUGCCACUGCAAUGGUUGUUGUCUUUACGUCUGUUGAAAAAGUGAAAAAUGAGCAGAAAACCACGUUGACCACACAGCAGCACAACUUGCUAAAGUUGCAGGACUUGCCUACCAAAGCAGGAAAGAAUAUGAAUCAGCAAUCGUUUCGUACAAAACAAGCAAACAUCUGCAAAAGAAAUGCGGAAAAAUACUUGAAUGAAGUUCUUACAAAAGAUAUUAUCAAUGAGGAGAAAUUUGCAUGUGUCUUAACCAAGGAAGCAUGGUGCAAACAGCAACGAGGUAAAAUUGAGGAAGCUUUCAAUCUUUACAAGAAGGCAGCCACAUACACUGCAGACGACCUUAACCCUGAAAAAGCAGAAAUUCUAAAUAACAUUGGAUUAUGUUUCUUAAGUCUUGGAAUGAAAGAAAAAGCUUUCGAGUUUAAAGGUGACUAUGAGGAGGCUAUAAAAAAUCUGGAGGAUGCUAAAGUUAGAUACGAUCAACUUGGGGACGAGAUAAGCAUUUCCUUAGCACUGAGAAAUUUGGAAGCAUGCCUGUCUUUAAAAGACCCCCCAAAAUACGACCUUGCUUUGGUUUACGCCCAACAGGCUCUGGAAAAGAUAAAAAAUUCUGUCCUUCAUUACUACAAUCCUGGAAUUGCUAGGAGCUUGUCAGUUCUUGGUCUCUGCCUUUUAAAGGCGGGAAAAUUUAAAGAAGCAAAGCAAAACCAGUUAGAAGCUUUGGAUAUAAUCGAAAAUUUGUUUUCAGAAGACCAUCCAUGCCUGAUAGACAUUUAUCAGCUGCUCUACGAAUUGUAUAUGAUAGAUGGCGAGCAGAAGGAGGCCAAGGAAUACGAAAAGAAAAAGAUGAAAAUAGUCAGCGAGAUAGAAAAAAUGGCCAAGAAUAUAGAAAAGAACAUAGAAAUAAGGUGGAAGCCUCUCCCAGAUAAUCCCUCUUCUAAGAAGAAUGGAAAGAGUGAAAAUUAA